ACCUCGCCAUUCCAAUUCGGGCAAUGGUAGUUUGAUGACUGUGCGAGACCGGUCGUAAAGCAGUAGACGAUGAUAAUAUGUGUCACUCGAUCGAUCAGCUGCUCGACUCAGCCCUACAAAUACUGCGCAAAUCAGUUAGCUUGCCGUGUAUUCGCUCAGUGCUCCACUCCACUUGUGUCAUCUCGGCGAUGGCGGCCGCAGCAGCACUCAACCGUCUCCUCCCUCUCGUCCUCAUAGCCGCCGUCGUCGGGAGGCACGGGGCCUCCGGGGACGGUGGCUUCCCCAUCGUCUUCACCGAGACCAAGUGCACGCCGGCGCCGACGUGGUCCCGCGCGAACGACAGCGCGUACCGCGCCAACGUCCGGGCGCUCCUCGGCGGGCUCCCGUCCGCCGCCGCGCCGACGGGCUUCGCGUCGACCGACCGGUCCGGCGGCGCCGGCCGCGACCGCGCGUUCGCCCGCGGCAUCUGCUUCGGCGACCCGCCCCCCGCGCUGUCCCCGCAGUACUGCCUCCGCUGCCUGUCCGUCGCCGCCAAGGAGCUCGCCGACGGCUGCCCCGCCAAACGCCGCGCCGCCGUCUGGACCGACGGCUGCUUCGCGUCGUUCGCCGACACCAGCGCCUUGUCGCCCGACGAGGCGGCCUUCCACUACAAGAUCGCGGUCGGGGCCCUCGUGGAGGACGACGAGAGCUCCGCCCGCUUCACCGCCACGCUCGCCGCCCUGGCCGAGCGCCUGGCGCCGCGCGCCGCCGCCAAUGCCUCGCGCAUGCUGGCCACCGCCACGGUGGACGUUCCUCGCGUGGUCGCCGGCAGCUCGAGGACGGUGCAGGUGCACUCGCUGGCGCAGUGCAUGCCAGACCGGCCGGCGGCGAGCUGCGCCCGGUGCGUGCAGGAGUCGGCGCGGGAGCUGGGCAAGUGCUGCUGGAACAUGCAGAGUGGUGGCGUGGCCACGGUGAUCGGCUACAACUGCCAUCUGCGGCUGGAUGUGUCCGUUCCGAUGACGCCGUCCGUGGCAGAACCUCAAUCUAUCCCUGCCCCUACCGUGAGCGUGAGAACUACUGGAGGCUGCAGGCAAUUUGACCGCAGCAGACAUCGUGAGUGCGACUGCCUUCGUCAUAGUGAUGAUCUUCCUGGUCAAUUUAUUAGUUUGUUUGAUGACAGACGCCUUGAAUAAUUACUGGAUUCGUUCUGCCAAGGAAGAAGAAGCAUCACCACCAGCUGGUCAUGUACGAGGAAAUGUUGCUGCUGUGAAGGCAGCGCAGAUCGUGCCAACUCAGUACGCAGAUCAGAGGAUUGCUGUCUGAGUUCUAUACGCCGGCUAGUGUAGAAGCUUGGCCACUGCAUUGGCCAUUAAUUUCCUGGGUGUUAUAUAUGUGUCAUGUGAACCCACUCUACCUAAGUAUUUACAGCUAGAUAUAUAGCUUGAUCUGGCUAAAUUGGCUCAGUGGCCAAUUAAUUAAGUGUGUACUCUUUAUUGUCUCGUCCGAACACAACUACUUGUAUGUCCAGUUGAAAACAGUACGUGGCCAUCGUGCCUUGCACCAAGGUAUAUAUUGUUGGGUAUUUGGUUUUCUCUCCA